AUGUCUCAUACUCAGCCUUCGCCUACCGCCGCGGUUGGCCCCCAUCAUAUGGCUGCCGCGCACCCGGCGGCGCACCCCCAGGUCAACGGCCACAUGCCCGCCAUGCCGGCGCAAGCUCAGAAGGGAGUCCCAAUGACCACCGCUCAGAAGAUUGCCACGCUGAAUGAGCAAGUGUGGCUCUCGAUCGGGAGCUUGACCGAGCUUAUGGGUGAUCUCGAUGGCGCCAUGAACUCUUACGAGCAGGCCCUGCGUCACAACCAAUGGUCUAUUCCGGCCAUGAACGCCAUCUCCUGCAUCCUUCGUACCAAGGAGCAAUUCCCCAAAGCUAUCGAGUACCUGCAGAAUAUCCUCAAGCUGGAUCCCACCAAUGGAGAGACCUGGGGUAGCCUGGGACACUGCCACCUGAUGAUGGAUAACCUGCAGGAGGCCUAUACAUCGUACCAGCAAGCUCUGUAUCACCUGCGCGAUCCCAAGGAACCGAAGCUGUGGUAUGGCAUCGGAAUACUAUAUGAUCGUUACGGAUCCCUCGAUCAUGCGGAGGAGGCUUUCUCCCAGGUCAUGCGCAUGGCUCCCGAUUUCGAAAAGGCCAACGAGAUUUACUUCCGUCUGGGUAUCAUAUACAAGCAGCAGCAGAAGUUCACCCAGAGUUUGGAGUGCUUCAAAUUCAUUGUCAACGAGCCGCCUCGUCCCUUGACCGAGGAGGAUAUCUGGUUCCAGAUUGGUCACGUUCACGAGCAGCAAAAGGACUUUGAUUCUGCACAGGCUGCCUACCGACGCGUUCUCGACCGGGAUCCCAACCACGCCAAGGUCCUUCAGCAACUGGGUUGGCUCUACCACCAGCAGAGUAACAGCUACGCCAGUCAGGACAAAGCCAUUGAGUUCCUGGAGAAGUCUGUCAGCGCAGACAACAACGAUUCUCAGAGCUGGUACCUUCUCGGUCGCUGCUAUAUGUCGCAGGCCAAAUAUCCCAAGGCCUACGAAGCCUAUCAGCAGGCAGUUUACCGUGACGGUCGCAACCCCACCUUCUGGUGCUCGAUCGGUGUCCUCUACUACCAGAUCAACCAGUACCGUGAUGCGCUCGAUGCUUACUCUCGUGCUAUUCGCUUGAAUCCUUACAUCUCCGAGGUCUGGUAUGACCUGGGUACUUUGUACGAGUCGUGCAACAACCAGAUCGCCGACGCUCUCGAUGCUUAUGGACGUGCGGCGGAUCUUGACCCGACCAAUGUCCACAUCAAGGCUCGUCUGCAGCUGCUCCAGAGUCAACUGUCUGGCUCCGGCCAGCAGGGCAAUGCUCCGGCACCGCAGCCGCAGGAUGUCCACCCCCAAGCCUACCAGGCACCCGGUGUGGGCGCUCCUCCGGCUCCUCAAUGGGGUGCUCCCGCUCCGGUCGGCCCAACUCCCCAGGCUCCAGCACCACCUCGCCAGAUCGCGGACUGGAACCGCGGCAUUAAUGAUAUCCAGUCGCAGGCGCCCGUUGCGGCGGCCAACGGCGUUGAGCCGCGCGAUGCCGUCCGCGCUCCUGGCGCUGCUCCGCAAACCAGCCCUCGCCAGGAGCCCGGCCGGGCCUUCCCUGAUCCCCGUGGCGGUGCACCUCGAUCCCCUAAGAUGGGUGGUCCCGGUGCCUAUCCAUCUGCCCAUACCCUGCCUCAGCUGGGAAAUGCGCCGGCCUCUGGCCAUGAACGCGUCCCCAGCGGUGGCUUCGGCCGCGGUGGACCUCUCCCCCCUGCGCCCGGCGGCGCGCCCGCUCCCGCUCCCGCUGGUCCCAAUGGCGGUGCAGCUGGUAGCGGCGCUGCUCCUCCUUACCACCGCCCUUUCACUCCUCCCACUGAGAUUCGCCCCCUCCGCGACGAACGUCCCUCUUCUCCCGGCUCGACUUACCCCCACCAACAGUAUCACCACGGCCCUAGCGCCCCUACUCCGGGUGCUAACUCGACGGGUAUCGCUUCGGGUGCUCCUGCGCCCGCUGCGGCGGCCGCUGCUGCCGAGGCCGCUGCUCGUGAGCGUGGUGAAGACCGACCCACAUCUGCGAUGAAGCGUGGCCGUGAAUGGGAGAGUGAGGGUCCUGUGAAGAAGCAGGCCAACGACGAGAACCGUGCACGAAUGGAUGACCAGAACGCCCGUCGUGCCAGCCCCCCUGCCCGCAUGCUGUCUCCUGGUGAGAUGCAGCCACGAAGCUCCUCAGAGGCCCGCCGUGAGGAUGCCCGCCGUGCCAACGAGAACUACCACCCUUCGGAGGCGGCUCAUCAUCCCCCUACUCUGCCGUCUAUCCAGAACAUGCCACCCCACUCCUCUAGCGGUCCCAGUCUUCCUCCCAUGGCCGAGGGCUCCGCCCCCGCGUCCAACGGUCCCCCUUCGGCUCCUCCUUCAGCCAAUACCCCGGUCAAGGAGGAACCUUCUCGCCCCGAGGCGCCUUCUUCACACGAGCCUCCGGCGCGGAAAAUGGACGUUGAUGAGGACUACGAUGAUGAGCCAGAUGAGGAGAAGAAGGCUGGUGCCGCGGCCAAGAGCAGCCCCAACGGUAACAGCACCGACUCGGCCAAUGGCAACGGAGUUGCCAGCAAUGGUCGCCAGGGCACACCCUCGAAGACCGAGUCUUCGGCGUAA